GGAAAAAAAGAAAAGAGAGAAAGGGAAAGGAGAGACGUUGAGAAACCUCCAUUCCCGGAUAGCGAGGAAAGGAGUAAAACGUAUUUUCCCAUUUCUUUUCAGCUCUCCUUGGAAUAUUCCUUUCCCUUCUCUCUUCCCUUUUCUAAUUCCCAACAUAUAAAUACCAGAUUUCCAGUCGCUUCUCCAAACAUCUCUCUCUCUCUCUCUCUCUCUCUCUCUCUCUCUCUCUCUCUCUCUCUCUCUCUCUCUCUGGAUCGAGCGCUCGUGGCUGAGGAAGAAACACACGGUACUGAUCUACGAUUGCUGCUCUCUUUCUCCUCGUAGCUGAGGUUGGUGGAAAAGAAGAGGAAAGGAAUCUAGGGCAAGGCCGAUCUGAGAGGAGCGGAACUGAAACGUAGGAUUGAGUAAAUUUCUGUCGCUGGUCGGAUCUUGGACGGUUGUUUUGGUGGUGAGGGCGAGGUAUAGAAAAGCGGGAAGACAUCACGUUCCGUGGUCGGGACCUGAAUAUCGGCGAGUAGAGAGUUGGGAUGGGCGAGGAGGCAGUAUCGUCGCCGAAGAAUCGGGUGAAGUUCUUGUGCAGUUAUGGGGGGAAGAUAUUGCCCAGGCCAUCAGACGGACAGCUCAAGUACGUGGGUGGGGUCACACGUGUCGUGGCUGUCCCCCGUGACAUCACCUUCUCAGAACUGAUGAAGAAGGUGACUGGCUUGUUGGAAGGCGACCUAGUCCUCAAGUACCAGCUGAUUCCAGAGGAACUCGACACCUUAGUCUCUGUCACAUGUGAUGAAGAUCUCAACCACAUGCUCGAUGAGUACAAUCGCCUGUCCAAAUCAUCAUCCCACGGCGGGGCUCCACGGUUUCGCACCUUCCUCUUCCCAUCAACCCCCAUCACCUCGAGCAGCAUUGCUGGGGACUCUACCACCAAUCCGCUAGAGCAGCGUUAUGUUGAUGCUAUCAAUGGUAUCUUACGUUCUCCUAGCAGCGUGGGCCACUCGAUCUUCACCGUCUCUUCCACAGGCUCUUCACCCAAGUCCAUCGCCCCUGAAACCUCCUACAAUUCGGAUCACGAUGCAGUCAUGUGUAACAGUGUAGUUGGCUGCAGCCAUCAUAGUCGUUGCAUACAACAGGAGGUGCACAAGGUGCAUAGCUCACCCAACCUACUUAGCAAUGGGCCUUACCAGCACACCCACCAUCAGCAUUUCCACCACAACAUGCUUGUUGGAAAGCCAAUGCCACCGGCAGUGACAGUUCGAGCUGAUGCUGCACGGAUUCAGACGGGGCAGGCUGUGAGGUACUACUCUCCAGUUGGGCCAUGCAGGGUGAGUGGUGGGUACGUAGGAUGCGGACACAUGGAUGGGUGUGGGGCCUAUAGGAGUGGAGGACUAGGGGAUGGAGAUGGCCUCCCACGGAGCCCCAUGAGACACAGAUGGGAAUAAGAGAGAGACUGAUCAUCUGAUCUGCCUACUAUAGUGGGUCUUGGUUCAAAUGGUUUUUUUUUUUUUUUUGGGUCUGUGGUGUUUGGAAGAUGUGCAAUGAAGGUUGUUAAUGUAGGAGGGAUUUGCAAUUCUUUCAAGAUCAUGGAUUGGCAGGUUUGAGUAAAAGGGAUGUGGUGCUUUUGAAGAGAAUCCCUUGGGGGGAAUACACAAGAAAGCAGAGGAAAUUCUAUUGUUAAAAGAGUAAAAGAUUUUCAUCGGGUGGAUAAUUUUUUGUUGAAACCAAUUCGUGAUAUAGAAUCCGUUGAAAAUGGGUCAAUACAUUUUCCCUUACA